AUGGCAAUGCCGGUGGGUUCGUUGGAGGUGAUGAGCGAGGUCUACAAGGCCUCCCACCCUCCACUUCUACAGGGCUGGGUGGACGUGGGUGGUGACGGCAGACUUCGCUGGCAUGUCUCAGUCAUGGCGACUCUCAACACCAGCGGCAACUCCAUUGGACGCGAUCCUUCAACAGAUCACGAGCACCCCAGGUUCUCACAUGUAUUUCACGGCAAGGGGGGAUUUCACCGCAUUCACUGUCAACAUGAACGUUGUGCGUGCACGGGGUUGAGGCACGGGAGGCUGUACUGUUAG